AUGGACCGCGCCAUUCGCUGGUCCCCUUCCUCGACCGCCGCCGAACAACGCUUCCUCUCCGUGGACGUGACCGGUAAAGCAUUCCGCCUCUGCAGGGUUACCUCCUUCACGAAACAUUCUCUCGAGCACGAAGUCCUCGCAACUCACACCAAAGUCCCCGCCUUCCGCGCCUUUGACUGGUCCCCCAUUGACGAGUCCCUCGUCGCCGUCGGGCAAUCUUCCGGCGAUGCCACGAUCUUGCGCAUGCGCGACGACUCGCAGGAGUCGUUUUCCUUCCCUGUGCGGCACCAGCGGUACUGCAAUGCGAUUGCAUUCAGCACACAUGGACUAUUGGCGGCGGGAUUGGAUCGCGUGCGUAAUGACUUUUGCUUGAAUGUUUGGGAUGUGAACCAGCGGUUGGCGAUGAGGGGGUCGAAAGGGAUGGUUGAGCCGUUAAGAAAGUUGGCGAGCUCGGAGCCGAUUACGAGUGUCAAGUUUUUUCGAGAUCAGCCGGAUACGCUCGUUACUGGAGUUAAGGGGCAGUUUGUGAGGAUUUAUGAUUUGCGUGAGGGACCGGGGAAUCCGUCGCUGCAGUUUCCGACGAGAUGCGUGCAUAAUCUCGCCAUCGAUUGGCUGGAUGAGAAUUAUAUUGCGUCCGGGUUGACGACUACGGAUUCGACAGUUUGUAUCUGGGAUCGCCGCGUUGGGGCUCGUUUGUCUGCGGCGGUCACGCCGUCACUUGAGACUGGGCAGAUGGAUCCGGCGCUCGAGUUUAAGAAUGUCCUCCCGCCCAAGUCGGCGCUUUGGAGUCUUCGGUUUUCGCGGACUAAGCGCGGCUGCUUGGGUGUGCUUUCGAGCAGCGGGCAUCUCAAAACGUACAAUAUUGUCAAAGAAUACCUGGUCGAGGAGUACCGCUCGCCUAUUGAUCGGACGCUCGGCCGAAACGUCAGCAGCUACCCAGAGCAGAUUUACACCAAGUCCGUCCGCGAUGUUUUCACUCCAUUCGAUCACCCUUCCCGGGGUUAUGCAGAGUCCGAACGAGUUGUGUCAUUUGACUUCCUCAACAUGAGCACCUCCAAUGAGCCUAGUGUUCUGACGCUAUCUGCGAAUGAUCAGAUUUGCGUGACGGCAGUCAAGCCACCUGCGCCUCCGGUGCGACUAUCUUCUCAAGGAACAUUGGUCUGUGGAAGUCAUGGCAAGCAUCGCGAUUUCAAAUUAGUGCAGCCGCUAGAGGCUAAAUGUUCGAAUAUCGGGACGAUAUUGAAAGAUCUCCGAAGUCGCGCAUUGGCAAGGCAAGAGACACAGAGCGGUGGAAAUGGAAUUGCGCAGCACUUGUCGAGUCGACAGGACAGAGAGCGAACCCUGUCUGUGGGCAAGAUUGGUAGCCCGCUCAUGGCACAAGAGGCGUUGACUCUCUUGACGGUGAAUAGGCAGCGAUGCAAGGAGGGAUAUCUGUUCAAUGGAACUCGAAAUAAGCAGAUACUUGUGGACGAUGCCACCCUGCAAGAUUUCUGGAAUUGGAUCGAGCGUGCACGAUCUGAUUCUGCGGACCGUUCGAUGACUAUAUACAACUUGGAUCUGAACUAUCUGGGCGUCUAUGAUGUUUGGACCGGUGAUCUAGGGGCCAGCCUUGAAGCGCGGUGGCUCGGCCCGAAUGCCGCGCAUUACCCAGACAUCAACGAUACUAUAGUAGAACUAGUUCAAAACCAGCUCAAGCUACCUCAGCCCAAAUCCUGCCAGACGAGUUUCCCUGAGCACAGGUGCCUUGGACUACGAAUAUGCGGCGCCGCCCAAUCUCAGUCUGAACUAGAAGAGCUUGUGAAGGGAUUGACCGCCAACGGCCAACACACGAAAGCUGCUGCUUUGGCUGUUUUCCAGGACGAGCCCAAACUAGCGUACUCGGCGCUGCGAAGCAAUACACCUACACAGGCACAUAAGCUUCUUGCAAUGGCCAUUGCGGGUGCUGCAAAGGGGGACACCGACUCUGAUUGGGAAGAAACGUGCGCGGAGAUUGCAAAGGAGCUUACUGAUCCUUAUGGGCGGGCAAUCCUUGCGCUCGUCAGCAAAGGCGACUGGCGCUCUGUUAUCCAAGAAACUACCCUUCCUCUGAAAUACCGCGUCGAGGUCGCCCUACGCUGGCUUCCAGACGACGAGCUCACUACAUACCUAACCGAAACUACAAAGGAAGCGAUCCAACAAGGCGACAUCGAAGGUAUCGUACUUACCGGCCUCGGCCACUCGGCCAUGGACCUAUUCCUAUCGUACAUCAACAAAUACAACGACGUGCAAACACCCGUCCUCGCCAUGAGCCACACCGUCCCACGCUUCGUCAAUACCCAACCCAACAAACAGCGCUUUGAAUCAUGGCGUGAAACCUACCGCUGGCAAAUCAACUCGUGGAAACUGCAACUCGAACGCGCCCGCUUCGACGUCGGCUCCCGCAAAUUUGCCGUCACUCAUGACGGACGCCGCCUCAUCGAACCCCCACGUCAACAAGUCAGCCUAACCUGCAACUACUGCACCCGCCCUCUAACGCAGCAUGAUGCCUCCUCGCAACUCGCGCCCUCGGCGGGCAACGAAGUCGUGCACCCGACGCCGGGGAACCCGCUUGGCACGGCCGCCAUGUCCGGGAUGAUCUGCCCCCGGUGCGGACGGCAUAUGCCGCGGUGUGGUGUGUGCACGCUGUGGCUGGGCUCUCCCGACCCAAUGUCCAAGGCGUGUAUCGCGGCUGAGACGGCGGCGGCGGAACAGCGGCAGUUGCCCUCCGAGGCGGAGAUUAUGCGGAGGUUCAUUGUCUUUUGCAUUAACUGUAACCAUGGGUUCCAUGCGCAUCAUGCGCGCGAGUGGUUUGCGAAGCAUAAGGUUUGCCCUGUGGCGGAGUGUAGUUGUAUUUGCGAUCGUUAA